AGUCUGAAGCGUCACUUCCGGUCUCACCUGUUGGGCAGGUAUCAAAGACUCAAACAUGGAGGACAAAUACAAACCAGCGACAUAAACGCGACUAAUAUCUGCUCAUAUUCACUCGCAUGCGAUCAUAUAUGUGCUGUUAUUUGUCAUGGAUGUGAACAGAAGCUCGUCUAGAGGAGUUUUAUCGUGUGUUUUCGUCGGUUUCGUGCUGCUGAGGAGCGUGUGUUGUAUCUCAGUCGUGGCUCCAGCAGAGGUCAGUGUGGUCAGAGGAGGCACUGUGACCCUGACCUGCUCCUUCACCUCCUCCAGCAGGAUCACCAGCCUCAUGUCCAUCGACUGGACCUUCAGACCCGACAGCGGCGGUCCUGCCAAAACAAUCUUUCACUUCUUGUCUCAAGCGUACCUGCCGGAGGAGGAUUAUUUUAAGGGUCGUGUGAAGUGGGUCGGCAGCCCGUCGCGGGGCGACGCAUCGAUCCAGCUUCUAAACGCCUCGCUCACUGAUAACGGCACGUACAGCUGCUCCGUACACAACCCUCCCGACGUCCACGGACAGCCGGCCCAGACCGCCCUCACGGUCACACCAAAGAGGCUGUCGCUGAUGUUCACGGACGUCGGCGUGCUGCUGGUGUUUGUUCUGGUUCCGUCAGGAAUCAUCACGCUGGUGCUGCUGGGUCGAAUCCUGUGUCCGUGCUGGUCCGUGUCAGAGAAGAGCUCCGCCACCCAUCACUCGCCCAUCGAGGAGGUCACUGGUGAUGAGGAUUUCUACGGACAGACGCAGCAGAAACGCACCCUGCGCUGCUGCUACUUAAAGGAUUUUGAAUAUGAGGACGACUACAUGAUGCAUGAAAAACAGCAUGAACACACCUACACCAACUAACAACUCCUGAGUGUGUGUGUGUGUGUGUGUGAGAGAGUGUGUAUGGAUAAAGUUUGCUAAAGAUUGUUCGAGUGGGUAAUUUUGAUUAUUUAUGAUAGAAAAUGAUGGACUGUUACUGUAAUCUAUGAAUUAAAUGGCUAUAAAGCGGAGUGGCAACCAGCCAGAAGACGAUCUGAUUGGACAUCAGUGAAUCUGCAUACAGCGUCUCCUCAGACGGUCACAUGAUCACUCUCUGGAGAGAUUCGGGCGUUCUGAUUGGCUGAGGUCCCGCAUGUGUCUCUGGUUGUUACUCUGAUGAAGAUCUUUGUACAGAUCCUGUAUUUUAGAUAAAGAUGAAAUAUAACUUUAACAUUAUGAAUUUCUACAUUAUCUUUGAUCUGUGUCUCAUGUAACAACCAUCAUAGAGCAGCAUUAGCCUCUGAAGUCCGUCUCCGUUUGCUUCCUCUGGGAUUUUCUUCAUUCCAGUUGGAGGCUUUAUUACUGACGGUGACGCUGCUGAUUUCAGCUGUUUAAUUAACCAGAAAGCUUUCAGUUAAUGCUGAAAUAUGAUCAACGUCAUUCAUUUCCAUGCGCUGUACAGCAGCAGGAUGAUUCUCUAUAAUAGCUCUAAAUGCAGAUGUCUGUAAGUUGCCAAACAGGGUUGAGUUGUUGUGCUUGUACGGAUGUUUUUUCUAAUGUUUAAGGUCAAAUAUAUUGUAGUAUUAACAAACUGAACAAAAUAUAAAUAAAGAGCAUUUAAAUGAAA